UCGAUAGGAAGAAACAUGAUAUUGUUGUAUGAAGACAAAUAAGUGUUAAUAAUGUGAGUGCUGUAGUUAUGGAUGAAAUUAUAUAAUAAAAUAGAUGUGGAUAAUAAAUAAAAUGUAUGGUGCUUCGAACAGGCUGUUUGCAGAGAAGAAUCAACAAUGAACAAAAUGACUACGCUACAUUCUGUGUUCGUUUGCAUAGCACUGCAUUUCAUUGGAACAGUGAAUUCAUUAAAGUCACUGCAGAUUCACGUGCCAACAGCAGUGCUAACAGGCUACGACGCAGAACUAAUGUGUACAUACGAACUGGAAGGUGCACAAUUGUAUUCUAUAAGAUGGUAUAGAAAUAUGAUUGAAUUUUAUAGAUAUGUUCCCAAAGAGUCGCCUGCGACUAAAGUAUUUCCUGUAGCUGAAAUUAAGGUUGAUGUAGCAGCUUCAGACCAGAACAGGGUGGUACUAACAGAAGUAGACCGUACAUUGACAGGAGAGUAUCAGUGUGAGGUGUCAGCCGACGCGCCUCUCUUCCAUACGGACAUCAAAGCUGCUAUGAUGGUAGUAGUCGAACCGCCUCUAACAAGUCCAAAUGUGACGUCAGAUCGUAUCUCGUACAUCGGCGGUGACCACAUAAGGGCAAACUGUUCAUCACCGCCGUCACUACCCGCUGCCAACAUCACGUGGUACGUCAACGAACAAAUGGUUCCCGGCUUCACAGCAAACCAUGUGCUCAACUAUAGCAAUGGCUACGCAUCCAGUUUAGCGACGCUGGAGUUGGAAGCCGCCGUACAUUCCCCAGUGCCUACACUCAUGAUACGAUGUGAAGCGUCAAUUUUCGACGUUUGGAGAUCGACAAGUCAUACGAUAGUGUUACGGGAGCGAAGUGCCAACCCUGCUUCAGCUUUAGGCAGAAGUUUUACAGGUGCAGCAACAGAAACGUGCUUCCCAACAAUAAUGGUACUACUACUCCAAUUCUUCCUCCAACUCCUACAGAGAUACAGUGGAACGUCAAUAAGAUAGCUGUAACGCCUACUUAUAAUGUAGAAGUAAUCAUUUGUACGUAAAAUACGGUAAUUAGAUAAUAUCAGGGUUGAAGCAAUUGGAACGGAAUUUAAGGUAAUAUAAAGAAUUGUCCAUACGUUGAUUGUACAGAUACAGAUACAGGACGAUUUUUUGCGACGUAGGAGUAAAUUAAAAAAAAAUUAAAUUUUAGUUUGCAAAGAAAUGGAGUCCGUUUUUCUUCAGCAGUAUUGGUUUCUUUUUACAGAUAAUAUCAAAACUUGCAUAUUUAUUGCAUAUAUAUGUUUAUAGUAUGACUUGUUAUAACUAGUAUGUCAUUUAAUUAUACUUUAAAAAAGAACACCAUAACUGUGAACACGACUAACAUUUUUCAAUAAACCACCCAUCAUUUUCGACCACGAAGUACAAAAUCGAAACACCAUCUAAAACUGUCACUGAGUACUCCAUACAUUAACGAAUCCGUGUUUUAUGAAUAAUGCUUUCAUUUUGUGCCAUUAAGUGCGUGGGUUGGUUUUAUUGCAAACGACUAGCCAAUCCUACGGUUCCAAUUCUGAUAAUAUAAACGGCUUAAUAGAGUGUCAGCUGUGUGUUUUGAGUACAGAUUCAGCCAUUCUGUUAUAAUUAUAUCUCAUUUGGUUUUAUAUGGAAUACCUAAUAUGUUAAGGACUUUAUUUGUGAGCGUAGGUGACGAUUCGUUUAUGACCAGCUUCAAUAAGUGUCGAUAUAAAUUAAAUUUGGCUUAAAAUAGAAUUUUACAGGACAUUUUGUACGGAGCGUAUGUUAAAACUUAAAUCUGCUGAUAGGUAUGUUAUAUUUUUUUUAAAAACGUUGCCCCACAUUGGUAUAAUCUCCUGUG